AUGAGUAGUGAUUCUGUAAGAAGUGCUUUGGAAAAAGAGUAUCAGAAAUUAUCAUUAAGGAACGAUGAGCUCGUGAAACAGGACUCUACACUAAGGAAAGAGUAUACUACUCUGCUUCGAAAAGCUUCUAGUUUGGCAUCGGUUCUCAAGGUGAUGGACUCGAAAUUGGCCGAACAAUGUGAAAUAGAACAACCGAAACUUAUUGGUGAUAGGGCUUUGAAACUCGUUCCAGGAUUGCAAUGGUAUAACGAUCAAAUAAAUCUUGUUACGCAAAGUUUUGACAAUGACAAUGAAGAAAUCGAAAUCCCCAAAGAAUUGUUAGAUUCGUAUACAUUAUGUAAAGAUACACCUUUAUUAUAUAAAGAUUCACAAUAA